ACAGUGGCCGAGCGGCGAGGCCCCACUCGGAAAGAACAGUAACUACCCCCCUGUGGCUCAUCACCAUGCCCUCCGACCUGGCCAAGAAAAAAGCAGCCAAAAAGAAGGAAGCUGCCAAAGCUCGACAGCGGCCCAGGAAGGGACACGAAGAAAAUGGAGACACUGUCACAGAACCUCAGGUGGCAGAGGAGAAAAAUGAGGAGACCAGUGGCAGAGAGACCACAGAAUUUGAUUUGUUGGCCAAGGAGCUAGAGGACUUUGAGAUGAAGAAAGCUGCUGCUCGAGCUGUCACCGGCGUCCUGGCUUCUCACCCCAAAAGUACUGAAGUCCACAUCAUCAACCUUUCACUGACCUUUCACGGCCAAGAGCUGCUCAGUGACACCAAACUGGAACUCAACUCAGGCCGUCGUUAUGGUCUCAUUGGCUUAAAUGGAAUUGGAAAAUCCAUGCUCUCUGCUAUUGGGAAACGUGAAGUGCCCAUCCCUGGGCACAUAGACAUCUGCUAUCUGACUCGUGAGAUGCCUCCUAGUGAAAAAACACCCUUGCAAUGUGUAAUGGAGGUGGACACAGAGCGGGCCAUGCUGGAGAGGGAGGGCGAGCACUUAGCUCAUGAGGAUGCUGAGUGUGAGAAGCUCAUGGAACUCUAUGAGCGGCUGGAAGAGCUGGACGCAGACAAAGCAGAGAUGAGGGCCUCAAGGAUUUUACAUGGAUUGGGUUUCACACCUGCCAUGCAGCGCAAGAAGCUGAAAGACUUCAGUGGUGGCUGGCGGAUGAGAGUUGCUCUUGCCAGAGCCCUCUUAUUCAUGCUGCUUCUGGAUGAACCUACCAACCACCUGGACCUGGAUGCUUGCGUGUGGCUGGAAGAGGAACUUAAGACUUUCAAGCACAUCCUGGUCCUUGUGUCACAUUCCCAGGACUUUCUGAAUGGAGUCUGUACCAAUAUCAUCCACAUGCACAAUAAGAAACUGAAGUAUUACACGGGUAACUAUGAUCAGUAUGUGAAGACGCGGCUGGAGCUGGAGGAGAACCAGAUGAAGAGGUUUCACUGGGAGCAGGACCAGAUCGCACACAUGAAGAACUGCAUUGCCAGGUUUGGCCAUGGAAGUGCCAAGCUGGCCGGGCAGGCUCAAAGCAAAGAGAAAACGCUACAGAAAAUGAUGGCAUCAGGACUAACAGAAAAUGUUCAGAAUGUAUCCAGAUCCAAAACAUAUUUUAUUUUCCUGGAGUGUUUUUAUUGA